UCUGGUAUACCACCAUUUUCAUACUGUUUUUAUUUCAUGUUCACAAAAUGGAUUAAAUUGAAUCAAUAGCCUUCGUCGGAUAACCAUUGCUGAGACGCAGCUCCUGUAAAUUCAGGACAUGGUACUGCUCCACCAUGAAGUCGAGGUGGAAUACCUAGAUGGGCAACCCACCGAAAAGCACCAAGCGACGCUACUGGAGUUUGGGAAGGUUGAAAAUGGCAGAUCCACCACUGCCAUGGCCCUGACCGUUGGUAUUCCUGCAGCAAUAGGGGCCCUGCUAUUGCUACAGAAUAAGGUCCAGACAAAAGGAGUGAUCAGGCCUCUGCAACCGGAGAUCUACAUUCCAGCAUUGGAGAUCUUGGAGUCGUCAGGCAUCAAGCUGAUUGAGAGAGUGGAGAUUUGAAAGUUGCAAGUCACUGUCCGUUUGGAUCAACUUGCUGUUGCUGUGCUGCGUGCCUGCGUUGCAAACUUGCAACCGCAGCAGCUUCCAGCAGUUCAACAAGUGCAAAGAAAGUUGCAGCGCCUACAGUGAAACGGCUGAAAUGUAUGAUAUAGCUGGGUACAUGUACAUAUAUCUUUUGUACAUAGUAUAUGACCUGUCGUAAGAGAUGUCAAAGAAACCUCUGUAUAUAUGACCUAUCAAAUAAUGCCCGGCAAAGAAAC